AUGGAUAUCAAGGAAUUAGUAUUAAAGUUACAUGAAAUCAAUGCAGUCAAGUUGGGACAAUUCAAGUUAAAGUCGGGUAUCAUGUCACCGAUCUAUAUUGAUUUGCGUGUGACUGUUAGCUCACCACCCUUGUUGGCUGCCAUUGGAGAUAUGAUGUACAGAAAGGUGUAUGCUGAUGCCGAUGUCAAGGCAUCGAGCGACAAGCCAACCAUCGUGUGCGGUGUACCCUACACGGCUUUGCCAAUUGCCACUGGCAUGUCGAUUGCUCAUAAUGUGCCAAUGGUCGUACGUCGUAAGGAAGCCAAGGCAUAUGGCACCAAGCAACUCAUCGAAGGUCACUUUAAAGAGGGUGAUAAUGUCCUCGUCGUUGAGGAUCUCGUUACUAGCGGUGCUUCGGUGCUCGAGACUGUACGUGACCUCAAAUCGGUCGGUCUCCGUACCACCGACGUUGUUGUACUCCUCGAUCGUCAACAAGGUGCCCGUCAAGCACUCGCUGCCAACGGAUUACGUCUCCACUCGAUCUUUACCAUGGAACAAUUGAUCAGCACACUUGUUGAAGCUGGCAAACUCGACGGCGAGACACUCAAGCUCGUCAGCGCCUUUCUCGAAGCAAACCGCUCGGUUCAGGUGCCCGUUGCACCCAAGCUCGUACACAAGUCGUUUGGCGAGCGUGUUACUCUUGCCACCAACCCAGCUGCCGUCAAGCUUUUCAAGUUGAUGGAAUCCAAAAAGACAAACCUUGCCGUCGCAGUUGACUUGGUCAACAAGAGCGAAAUCCUCGCACUCGCCGAAGCCAUCGGAUCCGAAAUCUGUUGUCUCAAAACACAUGUUGAUAUCGUCCAAGAUUUCGACCAAGACUUUAUCACUCAAUUACAAUCAAUUGCUGCCAAACACAACUUUAUCAUCUUUGAAGAUAGAAAGUUUGCAGAUAUUGGAAAUACUGUAAAGUAUCAAUACGAAAAUGGAGUUUAUAAUAUCAGCAAAUGGGCCGAUGCUGUCACUGUGCAUGGUGUUGCCGGUCCAGCCAUCAUCGAUGGAUUUAGAGACGGUCUCAAGCAAAAAGGAGCAGGUUUGUUGAUCCUCGCUCAAAUGUCGUCCAAGGGAUCAUUGUGUGUUGGCGAAUACACAAACCAAAUGAUCGAGAUGGGCAAGCAAAACGCCGACGCUGUCUUGGGCUUUAUCUGCCAAGAAAAGUUAGAGGCUAUGGGAGACAACUUUGUCUUGAUGACUCCAGGCAUUCAAUUCAAUAGCAAGGGUGACAAUAUGGGUCAACAAUACAACACCCCAGACUAUGUCAUCAAGGAAAAGGGUACCGAUGUCAUCAUUGUCGGUCGUGGUAUCUACCAAUCCAACGAUCCAAAAUCAGAAGCUAUUAAAUAUCGUCAACAAUCUUGGUCCGCUUAUGAAUCAAGACUUUAA